CCGCCGCCGCCGCUGCUUGCCCCUGCGCGUUCGGCGGGGGAGGAGCCGGAGGCGGAGAAGAAGGCGGUGGUGGCGGUUGGAGGAUCCAGCGCUGUUCUCGUUCUGGAGCCGCUGCAUAUUUCGAUCCCUAUUCUUUCUUUUCCUGGCCCAUUGACAUGGAAAUAAAUCUCUGCUUUUUCUUUAUUCGGAACUGAUGUGACUUGUGCAUCUCAAAGGAGGGUGGGGUGAGCAGGGACCUUCUCAUUUGUGCCACAUCUGAAUUGGAGACCUUAACUAUAGGAAUCUUCUGCCACUUAUCUGUUGUGAGUAAAAACUGAAUCACAUCCAUAAUUCCUCUGAACUGGGCACCAGAAAACUUCCAUAUAUGUCACAGUACGCUGAAAAAGAGCCAACAGCAAUGGAUCAAGAAUCUGGCAAGUCUGCCUGGCCCAAACCAGCAGGAGGGUAUCAGACAAUUACAGGCAGGAGAUAUGGAAGAAGACAUGCGUAUGUCAGUUUUAAACCAUGUAUGAUCAGGCAUGAAAGAAGCUUAGGUCAAGCUCGUGAUGACUAUGAAGUGUUGGAGCUAGAUGAUGUUCCAAAGGAAAAUUGCUCAGGUUCCAGUCCACUGGAUCACAUUCAUUCUUCUUUACCCAGUGAAUCUUUGUUUGAACGGAGUGAGACAGUGAUUCCCACUUCUGGUACAGCAGUGAAUCAGACCACUGAGAGCAGUCCAUCUUUUGCUGCAGAACAUCAGAGUGAAGAAGUUAGAGUGACCAUAGGAAGCAAUACAGAUCUUCAUAAUCACUCUGAAGAUGAAUAUACACCAGGAGCUUGCAAUGGUUUAGGUGUCCAAAAUGGAAUUGCAUUGGCUCAAACUGACUCUUACGAUCCAGAUGGCAAACUUGGAGAGGAUAAUGACUGUCUUCAGCUUUCUGCUGAAGUUGUGGAAGGUGGUAGAUAUCAAGAAGCAUUGGGCAGUACAGUGUUUGAGUUGGAAAAUGCAGAGGUAGAGGCAUACGCAGAUCUUUCACCAUUAGUUCCCUCUCUUAACUGUGAAAUAAGAGAAGAGUUUGAAAAGUUAGAAUCAGCACCUUUAGUGAAAAGUUUUGAUGGCUAUGCUGAGUUUAUCCACCUAAACAACCAGGAGUUUCAGAGGUCCUCUUCUGAAGAGGAAGUUGUUAGAAAGAAACAAAAUAAUAGUAGCCAGGAAAGACAGAGAGAAAAUUCAACUGAAGAUUCAGCCUGUGUUCCAGGGCAUAUUUGUAGUGAACAAAACACCAGUAAAAGGGACAAUAGCCAGGGAAGUUCUCCUGAACAGGUAGUGAGACCAAAAAUCAGAAAACUGGUAAGUUCAAGCCAGGUGGACCAAGAAUCAGGUAUUAAUAGGCAUGAAGCCAAACAAAGAAAUGUUCAGAGGUGGAAGGAAGCUUUGGAAGUUGAGGAAAAUGGCUCUGAAGACCUGUUAAUAAAAUGUGAAGACUAUGAUGGAGAACAUGACUGCAUGUACAUGGAUCCACCUUACUCCAGAGUUACACAAAGGGAAGCAGAAAACAACCAAGUGACCCCAGAAAGUGGAGCCACAGGAGGAAGGCAAGAAGUUGUGGAGACCACCUUUUGGAAUGGCUGUGGAGAUUAUUACCAACUCUAUGACAAAGAUGAAGAUAGUUCAGAAUGCAGUGAUGGGGAAUGGUCUGCAUCUUUGCCUCAUCGAUUUUCUGGUACAGAAAAAGAUCAGUCCUCAAGUGAUGAAAGCUGGGAAACUCUGCCAGGAAAAGAUGAAAAUGAACCUGAACUACAGAGUGAUAGCAGUGGUCCUGAAGAAGAAAACCAAGAAUUAUCUCUUCAGGAAGGGGAGCAGACAUCUUUGGAAGAGGGAGAAAUUCCUUGGUUACAAUACAGUGAAGUCAAUGAAAGCAGCAGUGAUGAGGGAAAUGAGCCAGCCAAUGAAUUUGCACAGCCAGAAGCUUUCAUGUUGGAUGGUAACAAUAACCUUGAGGAUGACUCCAGUGUGAGUGAAGACUUAGAUGUGGACUGGAGCCUAUUUGAUGGAUUUGCAGAUGGACUAGGAGUUGCUGAAGCUAUUUCUUAUGUGGAUCCUCAAUUCCUCACCUACAUGGCACUAGAAGAACGCUUAGCCCAGGCUAUGGAGACUGCCCUGGCACAUUUAGAGUCUCUUGCCGUGGAUGUUGAGGUAGCCAAUCCACCAGCCAGUAAGGAAAGCAUUGAUGGUCUCCCAGAGACCCUUGUUCUUGAAGAUCACACUGCUAUUGGUCAGGAGCAGUGCUGUCCGAUCUGUUGCAGUGAGUAUAUUAAGGAUGAUAUAGCAACAGAGUUACCCUGUCAUCAUUUCUUUCACAAACCUUGUGUAUCAAUUUGGCUACAGAAGUCGGGAACCUGCCCUGUUUGCCGUCGUCAUUUCCCACCUGCAGUUAUUGAAGCAUCUGCAGCUGCUUCCUCCGAACUUGAUCAUGAUUCCCCACCUUCAAACGACAGUACUGCAGAAGCCCCCUAAAUCCUAACAGUUGAAAUGAGAUCAGUCUAUCAAAAGUAAAUCUGCAAAUUCCUUCUAAAUCUGAUGUGCAAAUAAUUAUAUAUAAAUAUAUUAAAAUGCUAUAUAUAGUUUAUGCCAUAGUUUAGAAAGAGAAUAUUAACCUUUCUAAACUGAAUUUAGGUUUGCAGAACGUACUAAAACCUUUCACGCUGAAUGUUGAAGCAGUGCAUCCAUUUUCUUCAGUUGAAUAUGUUGAUAUUAAUUGUAAAGUCAAGUUUAUCAGUUAAUUCCGGAAGAAAUAAUCAUCUCUGUGGCACACGUUACUGGUUUUGUCUAAACUACUGCCACUAAAUGAUUAUAAUUAAGCUUUCCUAUUUGCAUCAAAUGUGAAGACUUUGUGAUCACAACAGUAGUACAGUUUGGUUUCCUUGGAAAUAAAAAUUCUAAAGCCUGCUUUUUCAGUUGUCCCUUUGCUUUUGCUACAUCAGAACUUCUUGGUUCAUGAUACUGAGUGGUUUUUUUAGAAACCACUGUUAAAAAUUUGUUUAAAAUUAGGGCUUUUCAGAAUGCCAAACAGAGUAAAAUUCUGGCCAGACUAUCACAAAAUUUUAAAAUCUUACAUGUACUUUUCCUGAAAUGGUUAGGUAAUAAAAUAAAUUAUUUAAUAGAAUGGUGGCUAUACCUGAAUGGCUGGUGCUUUAAGUAAGGUUAGUAAAGCACAUGAAGAAUCUAGUUUGCUCAGUGCUUGGUACAAUGAGAUUAAUUAGAUUUGCCUUAUGAAAUCCUUUCUAAGUGCUUAUCCAAUCUAUUUCUACUUGGUUAAAAUUAUACUUGAAAGUCUGGAACACUCAUGGCACAUUGGUUUGAUAAAUAGUGGAUAUAGUUAGUUUAAGGUAAUUUUGAGUCCAAAAUGUUUUGGCGGGUGUAAAAACUAGUGUAAAGUGUUCAAAACUCAUUCUGUUGUAUUCCAAAGGAAAAUCUGAAUCCUUAAAAAACUAGAAGUUUAAUAGUACUAUCUUGUAUGAAACAUAAAAUUGAUAGGAUAAAGGACAGAUUUGGCCACACCUUUUUAUAACAUAUCUAAACCUUGCUUUAGCAUAUUCCUGAACAAGGAUUAUUUAUAUCACAUGACCAACAUUUGUUUCUUUAAUUCAUUCUCGUGAAUCGCAAAAUUAUUCACGAGAACCAAAAUAUAUAAAAUAGAUAGUUUCAAAUUAAACCAAAAUUAACCAUGGGUAAAAAGGGAUUGGAUGAUGAGAUGAUUGCCUAGUGACUGUGUGAACAGAACUGUAACAACAGAGUUGCUUUCUUCAUUUUCUUUUCCUAAAAGAGAAAAAAAGAUUCUGACCUCAGUUUUACCCUCUAAAAGAGUUGUUUUCAUACUUGUACAAAAGUGAGGAAAUCAGCUUUCCUUAUUCUUUCUAUAGGAAAUUUGACCCACAGAGUCAUGUUUGUAAUUAUAUAACCCCAAACUAAGGUUUUACAAAUAUGUACAAACAUGGGCAUAAUGCUUAACUUACAGUGUGGAUUUGAUAUCAACACUAAAGAAUGAUGGAUGUUAGAGUAUACUCUAUCACAUUUGAGCAAGUAAAAUAGUAAAGCACUUAGUGAGCAUCCAUCCAUUCAAGUGUUACAUCAGUAACUUAGUUUGGACACAUAAAAGGAAUAUACAUAUGGCUUCCUAAAUGCAGAAUUACAUUUUAUUUGUGUAAUCUCACUGAAUAUUUAUAGUCCAUCUCUUCUCUAUUCUUAAAAAUAAGUGAAUUUUCACUGUUGGCACAUUUGAGGCUUAAAUAUGAGGAGCAUAACACUUGCAUUCUAAUUUUUGCAUAUAUAUUGUAAAUGUGUCUGGUAUUUACAGCAAAAUACUGCGUAUCCUUCUAUGGGUAAAAGAGAACUGAACAUUGCAUGCAUGUAAUGUGGUGAAUUUGUAAUUUAGGGAUUCUUUGGAGCUCCUGUGACUUUGGCGAUGCUUACAUUCAGGCCUUAAUGUUGCAUUAGCUAGCAUGUUUUCCUUCUGAUGUAUAUAGCCACUGUUGUAUAAAUUAAACUUUGCUUGUUUUCUACUCUGUGACUUUUCCAUAGCAUAUUUCACUGAUGAUAAGUUACUGUCAAAGAGUCAAAUCAGAUUAAAAUUAAUUCUCAUGUGUAAAUUGUGGAAAUUUGUGACUGGUGUGAUUUUUUUGUUUGUUUUUUGGUUUCUUUGUUUUUUGGUUUCCUUUCAAGUAAUAUUGUUCAGUUGUGACACUGACAUUGCUACAGAUUUCUCUGUUUGUAAUAAGCCUCACAUUAUAUUUAGGCAGUAUUAAGGGACCUUGGUUUUCUUCUCUGAGAUAGCAGCUGUUCCAAAGAAAAUACUUUUUCCUUGCCUGUUAAGAUUUGGCUGUCGUCUGCCAGUUGUUAAAAGGUUUUGGUUCCAAACUCAACCAGCAGUGUUGAGAGCUGAAUGUAAGAUAGCUGUUGUACUUUUUGCUUUCCAUCUGUUACUGUCCUUUCUUGACUCCCUGUUAUCUAUAAAUACCUGCUAUGAAGGAGAAAAGUUGAAUAAGAGUUGACUAAAAAAUUUUUAAAAAAAUAAAAAAAUUGAGGUUUUAGGAUUUUUGUGGUAACAAGCUGGUAUAGGCUGAAGCUGACAAGUGCAGGCACAAAAAUACCAUUUGAUCACAUCUGGGAUCCUUUUGAAAAAGUUAAGAAUAUAGGAAAGUAAAUUAGAAAUAAGUACAAAUGUUAAUAAAAAUAUUGUUUCCCUUGUUUUCUCUUUAUAUGUUAAGUGACUUGGCCUAAUUUUAUUUUUUUAAAUGUAUUCUUUUUUCUUGUAAUAUGAAUGUUGAUAUUUAAAGUUAGAGCCAUGUGGGCUUUCUUUUGUGUUAAUUGUUUAUCUCUGAGCUAACUAACUCUACAAGAUUAUUUGUGAUCUGGAUUUAUAUAUAAGCUGUUAAAUAUGUAUGAACUGUUAAAAUGGAAUGCAAGUUUUCAAAAGCCCAGGUCUAAAUGUAAUGAUUGGUUUAUUGUCCUACAACCCCAGCCCAUCAUUUUCCAUCUAAAUUAUAAACAAUAAACAAGAUAUACUCAGUGGUCAUUUCUAAUA